CAAGGAUGAAUGGUGUAAUAACACUUUGUACGAUACUAUCGUCCAAUCUCGCAUAUGGUGAAACUAGUCCAAAAUGGUGGCAGUCAAUGUCUCUUUAUCAAGUUUAUCCCAGAAGCUUCAAGGAUAGUGAUGGUGAUGGUGUCGGGGAUCUUAAGGGUAUUAUGAGCAAAUUGGAACAUUUCACCGAGUCGAAUGUCGAUGCUUUCUGGUUAUCUCCGAUUUAUCCGAGCCCGAUGGUCGAUUUUGGCUAUGAUGUUUCCGAUUUUGUCAACAUCGACAAGACGUUUGGAACUAUAAAGGAUUUCGAGGCGCUCACAAAGGCCGUGCAUAACGCGUCAAUAAAAAUUAUCAUGGAUUUUGUUCCUAAUCACUCGUCGGACCAACACGAAUGGUUCCAAAAAAGUUUGCAAAGCAUAGAACCUUACACCGACUAUUACGUAUGGCAUAAAGGCAAGGUGCUGCCGAAUGGAACAGUUACGGUGCCGAAUAAUUGGGUGAGUGUGUUCCGUGGAUCAGCAUGGACCUGGCGUGAAGAACGACAAGCGUAUUAUCUCCAUCAAUUCUUACCGGAGCAGCCCGAUCUCAACUAUGAAAACGAGAACAUAGUGAACGCAAUGAAGGAUGUCAUGAGAUUUUGGCUCGACAAGGGGGUGGACGGCUUUCGGGUGGACGCGAUACCACAAUUGUGCGAGGAUGUCAGAUUCUUGGACGAACCACUUACGGGUAAUCCAAAUCCCGAGGACUACGGUUAUACGCAUAAGAUAUACACCAAGGCUCAGCCGCGCACCUACGAAAUAGUCAAAGAAUGGCGAGAAGUGAUAGAUGAAUAUUUGGAAAGAGUUAUGAUGAUGGAGGCUAAUGGAAACAUAACGCAUACGAUGAAGUAUUAUGUGUACGGCGCACACUUUCCCUUUAAUUUUGGUUUUCUUGACGAAACGAAUCAAGAUUCUAAAGCAACUGAUUUCAAGAGAUUGAUCGACAGAUGGAUGGUAAACAUGCCUGUUUUAAGAGGAACUGCUAACUGGGUGGUUGCUUAUCGCAAUAAACGAUAUAACGCGAUAUAA